UGUAAUGUUCAAGCUCAGAAAUGCCUUAUGUGGAUCGUCAGAAUCGCAUUUGUGGUUUUCUAGACAUCGAAGAAAAUGAAAAUAGUGGUAAAUUUCUUCGAAGGUACUUCAUACUGGACACCAGAGAAGAUAGUUUUGUAUGGUACAUGGAUAACCCACAGAACCUCCCUUCUGGAUCAUCACGGGUUGGAGCCAUUAAACUUACCUACAUUUCAAAGGUGAGCGAUGCAACUAAGCUGAGGCCAAAGGCGGAGUUCUGUUUUGUUAUGAACGCAGGGAUGAGGAAAUAUUUCCUACAAGCUAAUGAUCAGCAGGACCUAGUAGAAUGGGUCAAUGUGUUGAACAAAGCUAUAAAGAUUACAGUACCAAAGCAGUCAGACUCACAGCCUCAUUCUGAAAACCAGAGCCGCCCGGGGGACUGUGGGAAGAAGCAGGUGUCCUACAGAACUGACAUUGUGGGCGGGGUGCCCAUCAUCACGCCGACGCAGAAAGAAGAAGCCAACGACUGCGGUGAGAGUGCUGACAGAAACCACUUGAAAAGGUCACCAAGCCAUCUCCCCUACUUCCCCCCGAAGCCGCCCUCCGACAGCGCCGUCAUCAAAGCCGGGUAUUGUGUCAAACAGGGAGCUGUGAUGAAGAACUGGAAGAGAAGGUAUUUCCAAUUGGACGAGAACACGAUAGGCUACUUCAAGUCCGAACUGGAGAAGGAGCCCCUGCGCGUGAUCCCCCUGAAGGAGGUGCACAAAGUCCAGGAGUGCAAGCAGAGUGACAUAAUGAUGAGGGACAACCUCUUUGAAAUUGUAACAUCAUCUCGAACUUUCUAUGUGCAGGCCGACAGCCCCGAAGAGAUGCACAGCUGGAUCAAGGCCGUGUCCGGGGCCAUCGUGGCGCAGCGCGGGCCUGGCCGGUCGGCGUCGUCUGUCGACUCUAACCCCAGCUUUGCACUGUGUUCCAGAUGCGGCAGGCCAGGCGGCUGUCGAACCCUUGUAUUCAGAGGUACACACCCAGGACGGGGGGAUGCGGCACGUAUGUGGGCGCGCACGCACGUGCCUUCUCACUCCCUACUCACCCGUCCGUCCUAGAAAGUCGAGCUAACAAACUGCCUCCUGCAGUUGCCAUAACCUGUCGACACUAACAGCCCUCAGGUCGGAGCAGCAGGAAAGAUAACAGCGAGAAACGGCUGACUGACCGGAGGCCGUAGAGGCUGUUGCCUAAAACCCACUGGCUGAAGUGCCAGUUUCAGUUUCCAUGUUUUCUGUGUUUUGACAUUUUUAUGACACCACUCGACACGCAUCCUCGUUCUAACGUGUGCAGUCGUGCAUGCCCGGGUGUCGGACGGACUCUGCUGUAGUUUGCAUGGCACUGAGUCUCGGGUGACCUUCCGCCUCCCGUGGGCAUCGGUCACGUGGGGAAUUGGCCGCCCUGUGUUCUCAGAGCCACCGGUGUCAUGGUGCGCGCAGCGCUAGGAGCUGCGGGCGAGGCAUGGGGAAUGGCCCCGCUGCGAGGCACCUGCAGGUCUGAGACUGUUAGACGCGAAUUGAAAUCAGCCGUCACCACUGAGCCACUUCAUAGCUGUCCCAACGGCUAAGUCUGUGCCCAUGUUCCCUGACAAUCUUAAGCCAGGUGAAUGCAUGACAUUCAAAACCAAACAUGCAGUUACAGAGAAAGCAACGAGCCUGCUCGUGUGGCAGUGGCAUUCAGGCGCGCUGGACACGUAGAACGUGUGGCCGACCUCCUGGUGCGGACUGACCGCAAACUUGAAACGAAGCAGCAGAGCCGGCCUCUGUGAGCGCAGCUGAGCGGGCACCUGGACCCGUGCCCCUCGCUGGCUCGCUGCGUCUUUGGGGUCUGCUCCCAGCACCGCACGGGACAGGCUGGCUCCUUAGUGAGGGCGGCCGCCACUGCUUCACACGCGCUCCUGCACGCGCCUGGCUGUGGAGAACGUGCACACGCUUGCUGCAUGGCUCACGCUUCUGCUCUGUGUGUGUGUGUGUGUGUGUGUGUGUGUCUCGCUUGUUUCUCAGAGGAUAAAGCCUCACAUGAGCUACUGACCGUGUCAUGUGUGACUGACCAUGUCUGACUGUG